CCACCGCGGCAGUCCAGCGCACGCCUCUCACGAAAGUACCGGACGUGGCUUUCUAUCGGUGAACGUUUUAUAUGGCCGUAUUCUAGAACUGUGAUUCACAUAUAUUGUGCCGAUUGUGUUGUGACCGACUUCAUCUCCUUUGAUUUUUUAUUCAGCAGAAAAAUGGAUUUCAGAAAACGAUUUCAAGAGACAAGAAAACUGUUGCGCGGCUCAUCAUGGGUCAAGAACAGUCGUACAACAGCACCUACUCCAAUGUGUCAGUGAAGCGGUACUCGGAGAGGUACGAGGAUCCCGUCCAGUACAGAGUCAACAGAAACUAUCAGACCAGCGAGCGAGACUCGGAGUACAGGCGCUACAGAGCCAGACGGAGCGCCGACAGCUCCAGAAGCGACAACUCCUCGACCGAGAGCAGCGGAUACAGGAGCGGCUCAAGCUCGUACGAGAGGGACUCCGAUGCGUCCUACAAGAGCGACUACUACAGUCCGUCGUUGUAUAAAAACAAACACUACAAGGGAAUAAACAAGGAGUUGUACAAGCCAGUCAAGAUCCCGAAAGAGAAGCAGUACAAAGUGAUACUCUUCGACGACAAGCCCGAAAUCAAAAGCGCCCGACUAAAGAGCUACCUCUGCGAGACGAGCAAGGAAAAAUAUCAGACGGACACCCUGACGCCGAUGAAGAGCGGCAUCAGAAAUUAUACACCAAAAAUUAUAUCGGCCGAGGAUCACAUAAAGAAUACGGAGCAUUAAAUCAAAGACAUUUAGUACGUAGAAUAAGCUGUAAAUACGUGUUACUUUUAUACUGUAAGUUAGUAAAUGUAUUGGGAAACUGAAGAUGGA